AUGGGGACGCACACGCACUGGUGGGGCUCUCCCAAGGUGAUGGGGGGAGAGUUCAAGGAGGAGAAUAAGCCGGACCCGUGGGAGCUCAGUCCGUACGAGCUCGGGCGCGAGUACGCGUAUCAUCACCGCGUGUCGGGCAAGACCGCGGCGUGGAUCGUCGCCUACUGCGUCGCGCUGAUCUGGGCGGUGCUCGAGGGAGCCGUCGGCGCCCCCGCGCAUCGUAUCGAUGCGAAGGGCAACGCGGGGACGCUCAUCACGCACCCCCUGGUCGUCGCGCGAUCCACCGCGAUACUCCACGCGGGCGUGUGCGUCGUCUUCCACAUCCUGGCGCGCCGCGUCUGGUCCGGCGACGACCACGACGAUCCGACCAAGCGAGUGGGCCCGCACCUGCCCGCGCGAUGCGGACCGCUCGGCAUGAUCGUCAACUCCGUCCUCGCCGUCGCGUUCGGGACCGUGUUCUACAGCGUGUUAUUCUGUGCGUUCAACUACACCUCGCUGUUUCACAGGCCGAUCGAGACGAUGCACGUCGCCGCGAUGGUGUCGUCGUUUGGUUGGGUCCCGGGCGCGUGCUUGUACGGAUUUCCGCCGACGUCGGGGCGGUGGCGCAGAUCCGGAGCCGAUACGAAGACCUUCUGGAACUUCUGGGAGUGGCACAGGGUGUUGUUCAUGGGAUGCAACGCGCCGUGGAGGCCCGCGGACGCCUCCUGGUUCCUCGCCUUCUGGCUCCCCGCGCUCGGGUGCUGGGUCGGCGCCAUGCCCAUCCCGCUCGACUGGGGCCGCGCGUGGCAGCCGUAUCCGAUCACGCUGCUGUACGGAGCCGUCGGGGGAAUGUGUCUCGGCCAAGUCGUCGCCGCGGGAUGGGCCGUGGCCAAGUGGCGGAGCGACGACGGGUGCGUGCUGGGAUUCGGCGGCGAGACGAACGAACGGGAGAAGCGAACGAGAUGGAUCGAGGAAGUUCGGGCGGAUGAGGCGGAGAUGUUGGCGAGGGCGAAGAGGAACGACGAGUACGGGAAGAGGCGGCGAAAGGAGGAGCGCGAGCGGAGACGAAGGGAGCGCGAGGAGGAGGAGAAGGAGGAUUGA